CUAAAUUUCAGAGAAGAACUCUUUUCUCAUUAUCAUUCACUAAAAAUUAGAAAGGGAGAAGAACUGAGAAACGGUGGCGCUGUUAUUGUCUGAAGAUUAGGAGAAUGCUGUUACUGAAAGAAAUCGAAGAACUGUGUUAUGGAAUUGAGGGUUUGAAUGGCUUAAUUGUUUCUGCUAAUGCUCGAGCGGUGACGAACAGAAGGGAGAUGAAGAACGAGAAGAAUCAAAGAAUGGGUCUCUUGUGAUUUCAAGUUUGGCUGAGAAUUGCACCCGUGAAUGGAAAUUGGAGUUGUUGUUGUUGAUUUGAUUAAUGGAGAAAUGGGUUGAAUUAGGGUUUGAUUCUGGUGCUGUUCUCGAAUUGCAGAAGAAGAUUAAAAGGGUGUUGGUUGUCUACAAGGGUUCAGGAGUAGUAGGACUGGUGAUAAAUGGGUAUGAGUCUGUUUUGGUUUUGACAGCGUACUGAUUGAAGACAUGAGCAAAUUGAGCUCGAGUGAUGAUGGGACUGUGAAGUAGAACCAAGUAGAAUACCCGAAUAGCUUGAGAAUAAGAAGAAAUGGGGUUUGAUGACGUCUAUUUUGUUACUGCUGGUGACGAGAGUGAGUUGGAAUGUGCAAAUGGAAAUAUAGAAGCUGAUGGUGAUGUUGUUGUUGUAACUGGAAGACAGUGAAGUGGCUUGAGGCAGUUGUGGUAUUCAGGCAAAUUGUGCCGAGAAAACAAGCUGAGCCACAUAGACCGGAGUCUGGAUUGGAGCUGAACCUGCUCGGGGGAAUGAUUUGGUGUGGCUUUGCAGGUUUGUGCAAGUAAUGAAUGAAUGGGAGUUGUGCAGUUGAACACCAAGAAGAGUUCAUACUAUACGAAGACAGCAGAACGUGUACGAGGUCAGAGAAGAAAUCAGAUGGAAGAAUCUGAUGAUGGGUGUUCUGUGAUAGAGUAUAUGAAGCUGAAUUGCACUGUUCUGCUGGUGUUUGAGUUCUUGAGAUGGAGUUACAACUGGUAGUGCAGUACAACUGCAGAAAUUGGACCUUUGCAACUGGGAUGAGUCUUGAACUGAGACUGCAAGCAGCUAGAGGCAGUGAAGAGUUGAUUGAAGUUUUACAAAGAAAUUUGAGCUGAGAGAAGUGGAACUGAAGGAAAAGGUGGUGGCAGCUGGUGUUGGUACUGAGGAUGGAGCUAUUGUCGAGUGGAAGCAAUGAAUUGAAGUUGCGGGUGAAGUUGCAGUUCAGGUAAUGGCAUUACAGUUCGAAUGACAUCUUAGUGAAGAAAUAGAGGUAGCUGGUGAUGGUAAAACGGAUGGUGGUUGAAAUGAGCUGAGCAAGAGCUAUAAAUACAGGUGCAGUGAUAUUGUUGCAAUGCAUGGAAGAAUGAUGGCGCUGAGAAGACAUGGGUGUGGAUUUGUUUGAGUGUUUGCCAAGUUAUUACAGGUACAGUUCAGAUGCAAUGGCUAGGCAGUGGUGGAAAGCUUGUUUGAGUGUUUGCCAAGUUAUUACAGGUACAGUUCAGAUGCAAUGGCUAGGCAGUGGUGGAAAGCUGAACAGUGUGUUACAGAAGCAAUGGUUGAAUGGUUGGAGUCAGGUUGAAAGAGUUGGAUUGUUUUGCAGCUGCAUUUGCAAGUAUAGAUGGGCACCAGCUGGUUAUGGAGUUGGUCUUGCAGGAGGUAAUGGUAGUGCAGUCGAACAACAAGAUGCAAUGGAACUGUGGUGAUGUAUUGGUAAGGAUACAGGUGAAUGCGGCUGUAUUUGCUUCCACUGGGAAUUGCAGUUGGAUAUGGAACUGGUGAGAGUUUGCACUGAGUUGAAUGGCUAGCGCGUUUGAUAUUCAAGGCUAGGUUUGGUUGUCAGUUUCACAAAACUGACAAGCAUAUCAACUUAGACUGGAUCUGCCAAGGAUUGUGGGUUAUAUUGCCUGGACGUUUAGAAAUCGUGAAGGGGAGUUCUAGUCUCAACAGAGAGUUAUAAAAAGAACGGAAAACACCAAAAUAGGGGGGAUCUAUAUCUUCUUCUCUACUUUUGAUCUAGGGUUUGGACAUGAAAACCUUUCUCUUUAUUCUUGUUAUGAACUCCAAUAUGAGUACUUAAUUUUAUUAUUGGUUAUCGAUUAGUUGGAUUUCACAUAACAUGAUUCUUUAAUUCAAUAUAUUAGU